AUGGACAGUAAAACCCUCUUGUGUGGUAUUGCACUGUUAGUCGGUGUAGUUUACGGAAGCGAUGCCCCUUGCACUAACUCAGGUGGUCACUGCCAAGAUGACCAUCUGGCCUGUCAUAAUGGUCACUAUCAGAGCGGGAUGUGUUCAGGAGGGACACACCGAAGAUGUUGCUUGACCAGUGCCUCACACACUGGAUCAUUCUCCUCUGGUAUCGUUUCACAACAUUGCUUGCAGUGCAUUUGUAAUGUGGAAUCCGGGUGCAAGGCCAUCGGUUGUCACUUUGACGUCAACUCAGAUUCCUGUGGUUAUUUCCAGAUAAAAGAGGGCUACUGGCACGACUGUGGUUCUCCAGGAUCAAGCUGGAGAUCAUGUGCCAACGACUUGGCUUGCGCAUCGAAAUGCGUUCAAGCUUACAUGUCUCGAUAUAUCGGCUUCAGUGGUUGCUCUCACUCGUGCGAGAGUUACGCGAGAAUUCAUAAUGGUGGACCAGCUGGCUGUAGGCAUUCCAAUACUGCUGGAUACUGGUCACAUGUCCAUGCUCAAGGCUGCAACCAUAAUAGUUAAUAGAUGUAUGCAUAAUUGAGAUUCUUUACUUGAAUUCACGAAACACUUCCGACUUGAUUUUCUUUUUUUAUUAUUUGAUGUGUGGA